UUACUAAUUAUGUUAAGCACGUUAUUUGUUGUAGUCUUGGCAAACAUAAGUGCUAUGUCUCCAGGCGUGUGGAAUGUUGACGCACAGGUACCAGCAAGUCCCAGGAAAAGAACGCUCGCCUGAGGGUUUCAAGUGUAAAGGUACACUUAGUUAGGCAUAGGCUUAUAGUGGUUAUUUGACCACCAUUUGGUUCUUUUUACAGAACCUUUUAUGUUGCAAACCUGUAGGUCUUCAUACCUAGAUGGUCACUGAGGGGAACUUUAAUGUAAUCGGUUUUUUUUUUAUACAUAAAUAUUUAUUUACUACAUAAUUUAACUAGUCACUGGAGCUGACAAUAUGCAAGUAGCCUACGCCUACCGCGAAAUUCCAGAGCGUUUUUGUGACAUGGUCUCCGGGAAAAGUCUUCAAGAUAUCCAUGCAGACUCGGGAGUGCCUGUUUUUUUUGGUGACCUCAGGGUACGCCCUGCAUUGUUGACGCCCAGUACAAUUAUCAAGGGUGAAGACAUAGGUGGGAUAAUGUGUCUGUAGGACGGAACAAACAAAUAAUCAAGCUAAAACGUACCUCUUAUAAUACAAAAAAGUAAAAUGUCUAGUCGGGUAAGACCUGGCUACUGCCGCCAAGACGUCAACAAGACCACAUGGGAGGUACCGGAGCGUUACAGGGAUUUGAAGCAGGUGGGAACGGGAGCGUACGGUACAGUAUGCUCAGCAAAGGAUUUGAGGACGGGAACCAAAGUGGCGAUCAAGAAGCUUCACAGGCCCUUCCAGACAGAGCUCUUUGCCAAGAGGGCUUACAGAGAGCUGAGACUACUCAAACACAUGAAACAUGAAAACGUGAUUGGCCUUGUCGAUGUGUUUACCGCAGACUUGUCUCUAGAUAGAUUCCAUGACUUUUACCUCGUAAUGCCUUACAUGGGGACGGACCUGGGCAAACUGAUGAAGCUACAGAGGCUCUCGGAGGACAAAAUUCAGUACUUGGUUUAUCAGAUGCUUAAAGGGCUAAAGUAUAUUCAUUCUGUUGGUAUAAUUCACAGGGACCUGAAACCAGGAAACCUGUCUAUCAACCAAGACUGUGAGCUCAGGAUCUUGGACUUUGGUUUAGCACGGCAGGCCGACAGUGAAAUGACGGGCUAUGUGGUGACCCGCUGGUACAGAGCUCCGGAGGUCAUCCUGAGUUGGAUGCACUACACCCAGACUGUGGACAUCUGGUCCGUGGGCUGCAUCAUGGCAGAGAUGCUCCAGGGGAAGCCUCUCUUUAAGGGAAGCGACCACCUGGAUCAACUGAGUGAGAUCAUGAAGAUCACAGGAACCCCCACUCAGGAGUUUAUCUCCAAGCUAGAAUCCCCGGACGCCAAAAGCUACAUCAAAGGUCUUCCGAAAGUGGAAAAGAAAGACCUCAAAGACGUUCUCUCCACAGCAAACCUGCUAGCCCUCUCGGUGCUGGAGCGGAUGUUACUGCUGGACCCGGAGAGCCGGGCGACCGCGACCGAGGCCCUGACGCUGCCUUACUUCUCGGACCUGGGGGAGGCGGAGGACGAGACGCAGCCCCAGCCGUAUGACCACUCGCUGGACAACGCAGAGCUGACCCUGGACCAGUGGAAACGUCACACAUUCACAGAGAUUUUGACUUUCAAGCCCGUGGUUAUGGAGUCCAGGGAAACCUCACUGUAAAAUGUAUAUAUACCACACACACACACACACACACACACACACACACACACACACACACACACACACACACACACCUGGAUUUUGCUACGAGGGCUUUAGACUGCAAUGAUAUUUGCCAUUGUGGUUGUGUGUCUGUGACAUCCAAUCUUGGGUACUCUCCAGUAUGUCGAUUUACUGAAUCCUGUAGAAGCCUGCAAAGCCAUGAAUAGCUCAGUUACAGAACUGUUUAUCAUUUUUAUACACUUCAAAAAAUGCAAGUACGACCACUCGCGACCACUGUAUCAAAUCAUGUAUGUGAUUUGAUGCAUCAAAUCACAUACAUGGCUUUUUUGGCCGAUUUUCUUUGGGUUUUGAAAGUUGGUCUUCUUAUACAAAGAUAGUACAAGCUUUAUUAAUUAAACUAUUGAUAAUUUCCCCUGUGUCUUUAAGAAAUACUGACCUGAGUGAGGGAUUUGGGAGGGAACCUGGUACGUUUGCACACGUAUGCAUCAAGUGUGGAUGAGCUUUACUUGUACUAGUGGUAAUGUGCAUUCAUCCAAUAUACUUAAUAAGAAUAAUGCUGGGAUAAGAGCAGAGGCCAUAAAAAAUUUUUGCACAUGUUACGCACAUUUAUUGAUUCUGUACAUACACCAAAGAUUGUCUUUUUUUUAAUUGCUCUUUUUUAAAUAAUCAAAUGUUCCAUGUGAAUAAUUGUUUCUAGAUUCACUGUGUUUAUUUACAACUAGAACUUUCAACGUGGAUAAUAAAACUUGGAAACAUUGCACUGUAGAUUAUAAAUGUCUCUGUAACACACCCUCCGCUGAACAGUAGUUGGAGGCAAAUAGACACACUAGGUGACACACUGUGGUCCUAUUGCUCUUAAUAUAUCCUAUUUAUGUCUAGCCUCGUUAGACAGUCCUGUUAUUCAUGUUUUGGUUUCAUGAUGAAUUUCAGUCUGGCCUUGCCUGGGAAGCAAUUGAUAUCCCAAUACGGUCAAAGACUUUUUGAAGAUUGUUCCAUUCGAGUGACGCGUGUGUUGUCUUGGCUCUUGCCAGUCCAGAUAAAUGUACUUUGAAUAAAAACGGUUUUGUUUGCUACACUUUC